CGCGUCACCCCACCAACGCGGAUAAUAAUAUUGAGUAUCGUCCGAUGUCCUCUUGAACCUUUACCCUACCCUCCGCGAGAUAAUGGCAGCCUCAAAAGAUGUUUACCUCAUUAUUGGGGGUAGUGGAUUUUUAGGCCGGCACAUUGUGAACCAGCUCCUCGAGAGAGGCGACAAUGUCUCUGUUUUUGAUAUCGUGCAGAGAUACCAUGACGUGCCUUUUUAUUCUGGGGACAUCAGUGAAAAGGAUCAAGUUGCGGUUGCUUUGCGAAAGAGUGGUACGACUUGUAUAAUUCACGUUGCCUCUCCUCCACACGGCCUCAAGGACCCCUCUUUGUACUGGAAAGUCAACGUCGACGGCACCAAAGCAGUAAUAGCUGCUGCCCAGGAAACCGGCGUUCAGAAACUUGUCUUCACCAGUUCGGCAGGGGUAGUGUUCAACGGGUCGGAUAUCAUCGACAUUGACGAACGGUUACCUCCACCGGAAAAGCCUAUGGAUGCGUAUAACGAUUCCAAAGCCCACGGUGAAGCAGCUGUCCUGGAAGCCAAUGGUAAAGGGGGACUAUUGACUGUUGCUUUGAGACCUGCUGGAAUUUUUGGCCCUGGGGACCAUCAAGUCAUGGCUGGCCUAUAUGCAGUCUACGAAAAGGGACAAACACACUUUCAGAUCGGCGACAAUACCAAUAUUUUUGAUUGGACAUACGUUGAAAAUGUUGCUUAUGCACAUCUCCUUGCCGCAGACAAACUGUCCCUUCUUCCACCCGCUCCACCUUUUGACGAACUACCUGAAGACGAGAAGAAACAUUACAGUCUAGAAAGGCUUCCCGAACUUACCCCUGCCGAAAAGAAAAUUUUGGAGUACCCUCUUCCAUCCAUUGACUUGACCACAGGCACGCGGCGGGUACCUACCAGCGAUGCCCGGCCACUGGGCCCCUACAUAUCACCAGCUCCCAACGCUGAAAAGCUCUUGACAGCCUUCCACGACCCCCAGUCCGCCUCUGCUUACCGUCCAGUCGUCCGAACGCGCUUCGACGCGCUUGGUAACUCUGCAGUUGCCCGCUCCAAACUCCUCUACCCCAACCACAGCCCCCUCACCGUCGCUGGUCAGGCCUUUUUCAUCACCAAUGGCGAGCCCUGUUACUUUUGGGACUUUAUGCGCGUUAUAUGGCACGAGCUCGAUCUUAUUUUCCCGGAUAAGCGGAAGCCGAGGUCACCCUUUGUCCUGCCGAAGCCGGUAGGGAUGGCUGUGGCGACGCUGCUGGAGUGGAUUGGGUGGGUUACUGGAAGACCGGCUGCACUGACGCCGUUCAGGGUGACGUAUAGCUGUGCGUCGAGAUGGCAUAAUAUUGAGAAGGCCAGGAGGGUUCUGGGAUACGAGCCAAAAGUGAGUUUGGAGGAGGGUGUGAAGAGACUGGUGACAUGGUGGCGGGCGGAAUAUAUGGCCGGGAAUAUCAAGAGAGGACACUAGGUGUCACUUGGAUAACGCACUGCAUUAUGAUACCAUUAUCUUAUUUUGCUUACAUCUACACCGUGGAAUAUAACAAUUAUGUCUACGACAUAAGCAAAGUUUAC